AUGUGUGUGGCGGUUGUUUUAGACCCGAGGUACAAGUUCAUGUUGCUCGAAUAUUAUUUCCCUGUAAUUUAUGGAGAUGAGCAAUGUGUAACUGAAAUUGCAAAGGUUCGUGAGCUUUGUUGCGAGCUACUAGAGGAGUACGGGUCUAAGUUUCCUCAUUUGAGAGAAAGAAGGGUUCAAGAAGAAAAUGUAUCAACAUCGUCUUCAUCACGCCGAUUGGAUGCUCUUUCUAACUUUGACAGAUUUGUUAGAACUUCCUAUCCAGUAGAGAAUAUGAAGUCUGAACUGGAUUUAUAUUUAGAGGAGAACUUGAUACCUAGGACUGAAGAGUCAUUUGAUAUAUGCAACUAUUGGAAGGUGACGGGCCUCAAAUACCCUUUGUUGAGUAUGAUUGCCAAGGAUGUAUUUGUUGUGCCUGUUCGCACUGUUGCUUCAGAAUCUACAUUCAGCACUGUUGGUAGGCACGUGAGUUCACAUCGAUCGAGACUUCAUCCUUCUACAUUAGAAGCAUUAGUAUGUACACAAAAUUGGUUGAAGACUGACAAAAAAGCAACAGUGAAUGAUGAAGAUAAUGAUGUUGAUCCAACAAUGGAGCCUUACGUAGUUGAUCUUGAUGAUUAGAAAGUACAUUGUUCUUUUUAGUAUAUGAGUGAGGACAUGGAUGAGAACAAAUCGUAGUGUUUAGUACUUAUGGUUGCUAGU